UUCACGAGUCGGAGGGGUUGAGAAGCUCCGCCCCAGAAGCUCAGUCCGCGUGGAGCAGUUGACACAACCACCAGCUAGCAGUCAAAUACCCUCAUAGACAUACACCUGAAUCUGCAGUUAGCAAGCAUCUAGCUCAAAAUCUUCACAGAACUGUGAGCUGUCUGCAUUCGGCUUCCAUCCCAAAUCCACUUCUGUCUGAGGUGUGACUGACAGCUGUGACAGCCUAUCAUGGAGGAGCUCCAGGAUGUCCAGCUGACUGAGAUCAAACCCCUGCUCACAAACCAGGGCGGCCGGAACUUCCAGGACUUUGACUGUCAGGAGCAUGACAUUGAGACCCUCCAUGGCGUACUGCAUGUGACUAUGAGGGGUGUUCCCAAGGGCAACCGACCUGUCAUUCUCACCUACCAUGACAUCGGUUUGAACCACAAGUCGUGUUUCAACACUCUGUUCAACUACGAGGACAUGCAGGAGAUCACGCACCACUUUGCCGUGGUCCACGUAGAUGCACCUGGGCAGCAGGAGAACGCCCCGCCCUUCCCUGCAGGGUACCAGUAUCCAUCUAUGGAUGAGUUGUCUGAGAUGCUUCCAUCUGUUCUCACUCAUCUGAAGGUGACCAGCGUGAUUGGCAUCGGAGUGGGAGCAGGAGCCUACAUCCUGUCCAGGCUGGCACUGAGCGAGCCUUCUCUGGUGGAAGGACUGGUGCUCAUCAACGUAGACCCCUGUGCUAAGGGCUGGAUGGACUGGGCUGCAUCAAAGCUGAGCGGCUGGACUAGUAACCUGGUGGACAUUGUGAUGGGACACCACUUCAGUGAUGAGGAGCUGAGUGACAACCAGGAGAUAGUCCAGACGUACAGGCUCCACAUCUCCCAGGACAUCAACCAGGACAACCUGGCUCUGUUCUGCUACUCCUACAACAGCCGCCGGGAACUGGAGAUGGAGAGGCCAAUCGUAGGUCUGACUGAUGACACUGCCAACACGAUGAGGUGUCCUUCUCUGCUGGUGGUUGGAGACACGGCGCCCGCCGUCGACGCCGUGGUGGAGUGUAACUCCAGGAUGAAUCCCACCAAAACCACCCUGUUGAAGAUGGCUGACUGUGGCGGCCUCCCUCAGGUGGUCCAGCCUGGCAAACUGGCUGAAGCCUUCAAGUACUUUGUCCAAGGAAUGGGCUACAUGCCCACCGCCAGUAUGACUCGCCUGGUUCGAUCUCGUACACACUCGGCCUCCAGCAUGGGAUCAGUGGAGGGAAGUCGCAGUCGCACUCACACCAGCUCACAGCUAGAGGGCGCCACCGCAGCCAGCCCUGCUCACAGCAGCCAGACCAGGCCACAGACCAUGGAGGCAGAGGAGAGACAGGCCGAUGUCCCAAAGCCUGUCCUGCUGGCCUAGAGGUCGUCAAACCACCAUCUCCCUCCAGCACCCAGUACCCAAACCCUUUUGUCUUGUACGCAGAACUCAGCCCUUCACAUAAACCCCUCCUCUCCAUCUUCAGUUUUUAAGGAUUACUAUUAUGUUGUGAAUUUGUGAGGUUUGGGUUUACAAACUGAUGUAGUAGAUAUUAUGUCCUACCGUGGGUACUGAAAGUUAUCAGGAAGCAUGACUAUGACAUUGUUGGAUUUCUUUUGUCUAGCUGUUUGUAUCGAGCUAGUUUGGUUUCAGUUAUACAGUCUUGUAGGUUUUCUCUUUGGGGUUGUUUAAAGCAGCAGAGAUGUGUUGGUUAAACCCAGGGGCCAGGGUUUAGGCUGCAGGCACGGGCUGUGGUCACUAGUCAGGGUGAAGGAGAGUUUACUUCUAAUGGUCAGGGUUAAGUUAAAUAAUUGGGUGGGGCUGCAUACUGCCAGGUUAACAAGCCUACUCCAGACGAAUACUAACAGGUUUGCACUAUCAUGAAGCAUUCCAGAGGCGUAAUGGGUAAUGUAUUAAACCAGACUUAUUUCAUGUCUAUCACUGCUGUUGUUAUUGGUAUCAUCACUAUCAUGGUGGGUCUGAUUGUACUGUAGCAGGUGACUGUGGUGAUGCUUCGUUCCUCUGCUGACUAUUAUUACUGUUUGUACUGACGAUGAAAUAAAGCUAAGUUAUACUAUC